AUGAUUCACCACCACCAGUUCAUCACCCGCAUCAGCCUGCACAACUGUGGUAUAGGUGAUACCGGGUACGCAUGCAUGGCUGAUGGCAUGGCUCUACUACGCAAUCUUACGUACAUCGACCUGCCACUGAACAACCUAACAGAUCGUCACACGGCCCAUAUCGCAGCGUGUAUCGCAUCCAACACGUCAACACUGCGAUACCUCUACACAACCGGGAACCUCUUCAGCAGCAAUGCUAUGGCCACCGUCCACAGCAACACACACCGCUGUACAGGACUGCUGGGAGUGAACUUUGGAGGUCAAAAGUGCACCGAUCCAGCAGUCAACCUUGACGUCAUCACCACAGUCUGCAGCAGCUGCCCAGAUCUCCAGUACGUCAGUCUCGAUGACUGCGUACUGGAUAUGGAAGGUCUAACCCAGCUAGCACCAUUGUUAGGAGCACUGAGGCUGAGAAGGCUGGAGCUGCGCAAGGUUGGGAUGAAGCAGAACUCGGCUACGAUCGUCAGUAGAAUCAUUCAACAGCAACACGAGAGUUUGGAGAUCCUCUCACUCCGUCGCAAUGAGCUACCUGGAGAUUUCCUGGAAACCAUUCGUGGUGAGCUGAGUCAGUCCCGACGCCUAGAGCAGCUGUACCUGGACGACGACUGCCUCUCGUCGGGAGCUCUGCCGGUGCUUGCGUCCCUGCUGCCCAGUCUGCCCAAGCUCUCCGCGCUCAGAGUUCCGAGGAAUGAUUUCCGAGAUGCUGACGACGAAGCAAAGCUGUUCGCCACCGCUGUCGAGAGCUGCUCGUCUCUGAAGGAGCUGGUGAUGCCUGAAAGAGCUCUAGUGUCUCCGCGGCUGCGCGAAGCUCUAAGUGCCAUGGCCAGAGAUGAUCUGAAUGUGCGGUAUACGCAGAUUCGUUUUUACGACGAAGUGGAGAAUGACGGAGAAGAAGACGAGUACGGCGAUGAAGGAGAAAGUGAGAGUGAGGAAUGA